CAGCCGAGUACCAGUCUGUGAGUUGCAGAUUUAGUUACUUUCUAAAAUUUUAUUUAUGGCUCUAAGAAACUGGUAUUAAUGACAUUUGUUAUUCAUAUCACAUGUAAUGUAAAAAAUAUUGAACAAAAAAUUUGGUAACACUUCGUUUAAGACUACUACAGUAUGUAAAGAGCUUUGUUAACCAAACCAUUGCUGUAAAUUGAAAACAAAAAGUUAUUUUAGAAAUACAAUAUGCGGUUUCUUGUCGCCGGUUUUGGAUUAAUUCUGCUUCAGUGCACAUUAUGUAUUACCAAACAAACAGAGCAAGAAAAUACUAUAUGCUACCAGGCGAAAAUCUGUAUACAUAAUGGAAAAGAAAAAUGUGGUGUUAGUAAAGAUGGAACCGCACGCAGGUUUUUCGACUCAUGUGACAUCAAAGAAUACAAUUGCCUUAAUGACGCCGACUUUGCAAAAACGGACAUAAACAGAUGUAGUCAAUUGCCGUCAAUUGAGGGCAGUGUGGCCGACCAUAAGAAAGGAACCAAACUCCGAAGUGGCAGCAAAAUGUAACGAGCCGGGGCAGGCUAAUGAAAUUACACUGUUCUAAGUACCAGCACUGCGUAGCUAACGAUGAAAAAGUCUGUGGUUAUAACGAAGACGAUACUUAUAUGGCUGUUUUUGAGAACUAUUGCGCUCUGUACCGGAUGAAUUGCAAAGGUCAUGGCUUCUUUACACCAAUCCGCAUAGAAUUUUGUAGAGCGAAAUUAAAAUACGAUACUGAGCAUGCCAACGAUACAUUCGAAUGGGUUCACGUAUUAAGAAAUGAUAAUACGAGCGCAUUUACCACUAUCGCACUAUACCUCGUAAAUGAGACUGCUUUUAAAGAGCCUAACACGCGCAGACACCACCACCAUCGGCACAAGAAAAGGAAGUACAGAACAAGAAAACGAAAAAGAGGACACGCCCACUGAGCCACAAAUCGAUGCCGAUGAUCGAUGAUGAGCCACAAUUUCAUGAAAGCUUAUCUGGCUAUUAAAAAAUACCUGCAGCAUACCUUGGGUGACUCACGUGGUAGCCAGUCGACCCAGCUUCUAAUUCAAAUGUGACUUAAUAAAGUUCUUCUAUAUUUUCUGCCCUAAUAAAUACGAUCACAAUUAUUGUUGUAAUGCAAGAUUUCUGGGGCCACAGGAUAAGUUACCGUAUCGUAUUUCACACUGCAUAAAUAAUAAAUAUAUAAAUACA